UCCUCCCUGGACGAACCUACUGCACAUGUGCGGCAGGUAUUCAGUGCACAGAAUAACCUUCUGUAGACAUUGUAAACAUAAAUCGAUUGCUAUGUUACUAUUCUCGUGAAUUAGGUCGACGGUUUUCUCUACUGAUGAGGUUCAAUAUGUGGUAUAAUAUUCUGGCUGGCUAUAUAUUCCUUACAACAAUAACUGCAGAUCAAGUUCAUAAUGCAGUGGAAACUGAAAUGUUUGCUAUCCCCAUCAGCCCCAAUUUAUUUAACUGGACUUAUCAAGAAUACGAUCAACAAUAUCGGUUCCAUGCUUCCUUGAUUGGCAAACCAGAGCUGCCGUCAUGGUUGCGGUACAUUUACAGCAGGCGGCACCAUUCUGGAUUUAUUUUCGGAACACCACCGAGGGGCACUAAAUCACCCGUAACGCUGGAGAUAAUAGGCCUGAAUAGCCAGGACUACGAGACGCGUCGCGUGCGACUGACGCUGCUUGUGAUACCGAAGGAUGGCAAGGCGCGGCACGAGGUCGAGUUCAAAAUCGACAAUCUUAACACGGAAGAUUUGCUUGACGAACAUAAAAUGACGCGGCUGAAGGACAUCCUACGUACAAAGCUUUGGACAGAGAGUAAUCAAGAUUUGUAUCCCACAUUUUUGGCGUCUGCCAUCGAUUUGGGAGCCCGGUUGCCCUUGAAACCGAGCGAUGGAGAAGGCCUAGUAGUUCGUCUGGGCAGUGUAAUGCCCUUUUCUGAGGAGCUAAAACGUCUUCGAGAGGAAGUUCGUCCCCUCUCAAAGCUACCUAGUUGUCCGAGGGAAUACAAGCGGACCACAGUCGAGAGAUUGUUUAGGGACGCUGGUUUCACUUUGGAUUGGUGUUGGUUUGAAUUGUACAACGUAAUCUACAAUGAACGAACAACGGAACUUUUAGAAUACUUAACAGAAAUACCAAAUACAAGCAAGCAAAACAAAAGCGCAAAAGAGUUGGACAGGAAAGACAUUUGGACGGCACCAAGCCGACACGCUUUGCCCUCGAGAAGUUACGCAAAACAGUUGACAGCAGCUGUUGCUGUACCAUUGCUGCUAUUACUGAUGUCCGUCGCUGCGUUGACUGCGGUUUUAUGCUUUCAUUAUGCUACUAUGCAGGACGCUACAUCAGAAAUAUUUAUAAAAGAUAUUUUUCAUGUUUGUAUUGAUUACAGAGAAAGAAAAAGAGCUCACAAAGCUGCAAAGGUAGAACUAUGCCGUUACGGCACAGCGAACACUGAACAAACUCAAGUGGCUGAUAAUAACAGCAGCAAAAGUAUUGGAGCAAGCCCUAACAACAGCCUGGUACGGCCGUACAGCCCAAAAUCAACGACAAAUCUGGCGGGGAACUACAACAGACCCCAACCACCUCCGUACGUGGGUUCGACCACAAAUUCCUUACAUCAUCGCAAGUCUACAGCUGACAAAACCACACCCUCUACAUCAGGGCAUACUCCUGAACACCGUCAUGUUCUAGAAGAAUCCAUAAAACUUCUCAACGAGGCUAAUAUUACUACAGACUUCGAAUUUAAAGACCCUAUAGUCGAUAUUACUGAUGGUAUCGAAGACUAUGUGCCUGUAAAACCGGAUUCAACUGGAUACAUCUCGAUGAAACAGGAUCUUGAUGACAUUAAUGUUCCGGAACUUUCGAAGUAUGGAUUGGGGGGGAUGGUAGGAUCUAUUUGACAUGAAAUUUCCGCCGAUGGAAAGCCUGUCAAGACUUGGUUUUGUUAGACAGGCUAGAUUCAACGAAGUCGAUAUAUUACGUAUUUUUGAAACCGUAAGUUAUUUUAUACAGUUGCUGCCGUAAAAUAUUGUGUAUCUAAAUAUGAAUGGAUGCGCUGUUACUGUUUAGCUACGUUCAAGUAGGUUGGAAAUAGUGUUAGAAAAAAUAGCA